AGGGAGGGAGGGAGGGAGAGUGAGUGAGAGAGUGAGAGAGAGAGAUCCAAUAGACAAGAACUUGGAGAUCGAGCCGAGAGCUUGGGCACUGUCACAUCAACCCCAGACACCAGACAGCUCGCAGCCCGGAGGAUCUACAGGCACUUGGAGAUCGAGCCCUUGGAGCGGGGCAGCGUGUUCGAGCCCCCAGUCGGCGGUGGCACAGGUCGGGGACGGGGGGGUGUUCACUAGUCUGCGCCCCCCAAGCCCCCACACAGCUGCGAGACCCCAAGCACGGAUUCCCCGGCGGACGAGCCCUGCGAGUCGGACACUAUGGAUAUCCUGGACAACUUCGGGGCAGAGAAACUCUUCGCAGCUUCAAACCUUGUGGAUCUGGAAGACUUGAACGAAGCUGAUUUUCUCAGUAAUGUGCAUUUUUCAGAAAACCUGGAUGACUUCUCCAAUGAGCUGUUCAGUAGUUUCUUUGAUGACCCGCUGCUGGUUGAGAGGAACUCUUUACUGGACAUGGAGCUCGAUCCAGCCACGCCAGCCAUCCAGGCAGAGCACAGUUAUUCUCUAAGUGGAGACUCUGCCCCACAAAGUCCACUCAUGCCAAUCAAGAUGGACGAAUUUAGCAAAGAAGCUGAUGGUGGACUUUGGGCGCUGGGCCCCGACCUGACCCACAUCAUGAUUAAACAGGAGCCAAAUCUGCUGUCAGAGUCUUGCUGUGCUUUUCCAUCAACCCAGACGUCAGCUCCUUCUGGAGAGCAAAUGGCCUUGAGCCAACUGACAGACUCCAUAGAGGAACCGGCUCAGAUAGAACCAAGCACCGUGCCUCAAAUCAAAGUGGAACCCAAUGAAUCCAAACAGUUCCUCUGUGUCCACACAGCAGAUGUGCAUCUGCCGCCUACACCCCCGAGCAGCCACAGCAGUGACAGCGACGGCUCGCAGAGUCCACGCUCCAUCCCACCAUCCAGCCCAGCACGACCACAGGCUCGCUCCUCCAGCGCCAUCUCAUCAUCUCUUCUGCUCACAGCUCCUCACAAGCUCCAAGGAACAUCAGGCCCCCUGCUGCUCACUGAGGAGGAAAAGCGGACCCUGAUUGCUGAGGGCUACCCUAUCCCAACCAAACUGCCACUCACAAAGGCUGAGGAGAAAGCUCUCAAGAGAGUCCGGAGAAAAAUCAAGAACAAGAUUUCCGCUCAAGAGAGCCGGAGGAAGAAGAAGGAAUACGUGGACAGUCUAGAGAAAAAGGUGGAGACUUACACCUCAGAGAACAAUGAGCUCUGGAAAAAAGUGGCGACUCUGGAAAAUGCAAACCGGACUCUAUUGCAACAGCUGCAGAAGCUGCAGGCGUUGGUAGCUGGGAAAGUGCCUCGGCCCUGCCGGAUAGCAUCAACACAAACAGGAACCUGCCUGAUGGUGGUGAUGGUCUGUUUUGUCCUUGUCUUGGGUUCCUUUAUGCCUUGUCUCCCAGAAUUUUCAACCGGCUCCCAGACAGUCAAAACAGCUCCAUUGUCUGCUCCUGAUGCCUAUACCACAAGUCAGAUUCGUUCCAGGAGCCUGCUGUUUUAUGACGAGGGGUCGUCCCUGGAAGAUCAUUAUUCCACUCUCUUCCCAGCAGAGGGCAGGGAACCGCCACCCAGGGAUACAAGAGAGAAGAGGUCACACGACAGGUCAAAUGAUUACAUCGCCUGGUCACAAGAGGCAUCCAAAUACCUAAGCAAUGCCCAAAUGGAGGUGAUCAACUCCAAUAAGACUGACCGCAGGAAGUUUGUCCAAGAGAAAGCACAUCAUGAGAGGGAAAUUGGAUCCAGUAGUGCAGCAGACUAUUUGUAAUUAACAGCUGUGAGCUACAUUAGAGCAAGCCUCGGAUCAACUCCUGACUGACAGCUUGUGUCGGCAGGCUAUCCAGAGCAGACCCGAGUCCGUCCCAGUGUUUCUGCCCGUCCCUGCACACAUCAGAUACCAACCUGCUAACGCACUGCGCACACUGUGUUGGACUUACUGUGUUGGACCAUUUGGCCGUACUGUAGGCAGCGAGGCCAGUUGGGAGAGUGGGAGGGAAAAAAAACAGAAAAUGUUUUAACUGACUAAAAGCAAAGAUCAUUUUCAUAAGCUUAAAAAAAAAGAACAUUCCUUCGCUGUAACUUUUGAUACUGUUUCUUAUAUCCAAAUUCUAGAAACACUGCAGUAGAAAUUGGUUUUGGGUGUUAGCAUCAUGCAAUUAGCUCCUUGCUUUCUGUCCCAUUGAAGUUUGGUCCAGUUGAGUGGAAUGGAAGUGAAUUUGGGUGGGCAGAAAAAGGGCAGAUAAUUGCACUGCUUUACCAUGAAUCUAUAUUCCCCAUGCCUAUCUUCGGACCCUUAUGCUCUCACCUCCUUGCUAAAAUGGCUUCACUUUCAAUAGGAAUUCUACAGUAGUGCCUUUCAUCUAGUGGAGAGUGCAUUGGAGUAGCAUUCUUCACUGGAUCCCCUGAGCUAAAGCAAGGACUUUUCCCCAAUGCUGCCAAAGUCACAUAUCUGCCAAAUCAUAGUGCCAGAACGGUCAGCAGCUGCAAGGCGAUUCUCUAGCAUGGAACCCCUAGUAAAUCAGAGGCUGGUGCUAUUCUGCAAUCAUGGGACCCUUUUUGGUUUAUCGUGCCUCGACUCGGUCUUUGACGGAGUUAUUGAAUCAGCCCCAAAUUCAAUAGUACUCCUUCCCCAGUCCUUCUUGUAAACCUGUGCAGAACGAAAAUAUUUAUAACCCUGAGUGGAAAAGUAGGAAUGUUAACUAUCUUACAGAGUUAUCCCGAUGUCAGGAUUGUUACGGGGAGUAAUUUGUAAUAAUCUUAAUUAAACUGAGUGCCAAUGAGAGGAGAGGGCAUGGAGGGGAUAGCUUUGCUGAUUUCAUGAGGUUGUCAUCGGGUUAAUUGAUGCUUCUUCUGGUUGUUACCUUUGAUGAAAUUCUAUUUUAAUCAUGUGCUUUUUGCAAGGUUUUUUUUUCUGCUUUCCUAUGAGCAGAACAGGUCAGGAAUUCAUAGGAGACAAUUUUACCCCAACCAGUUCUUCCAAAACCAAAGGGAUGAAGGGUGCAACACUAGUUCCACACACUCUUUAUCUUCAUUCUGCACACAAGGCAUAGAGUAAGACGUGAAACCAGUGUCCAGCCCAUUAACACGGGACUCACACUCAGCAAGUCAUGGAACUUAUCGCCACUGAGUUUUUCUGUUUCCUUUAGAUUGUACGGAGAAAGAAAGUCCUCAUUUUCAGAUUUUACAAAUACUUAUAUUUAUUCUUAACGUUAUGAUUUCAUGGUCGCAUAUCCCUAUACCACUUUCUAUCUCCUCUGGCGUCCCAAUUUUUGGUUCACAGGGAAACCUAAAGGUCAGGUAUAGCCAACCACCUUCAACCAAAGAAGUACCCAAAAAGGUGCUCAGCAGACAAUUUCCCUUCAACCUUCACCGAGCCAUGGCUGCUACCUGGGUUUAAUCAUUUGAGGUCUCUCAACAGUGACUGUGAUAGCCCAUAGUUGCAGUGUGGGGAAGGAGAUGUGCAAUUUGUCACUGUUAAAGUUUUGGGUUCCAACCAAAUCUUCUAUGCUGCAGACUGACGUUCCUAAUGGGCCGUUUCUGGGCCUAGCGACUUCUGACUGGCCUAUAGAUUUUAUACCUCACAUGGCCUCCUGUAUAUUGACUAAUAUUUCAACACUAUGAAUCACGAGACAUGACCUGCACCUUGAUGAAAUUACUCUAGGUGUGCCUGUGGUUCCUCUUGAUCGAGAGGGAAGGUAGAUUGGUGGCCAUUGUGAGAAAUAAUUGAGGAUUUUGUAUGCAGAAAAAUAAAUGUUAUUAUAUCUUGAUAUUUAAAGAAAAAUAAUAAAAUUAAGGGAUACUUUGUGCAAGUAA